UAAAUAUGGUGCAAAAUAAAUGUAACAUGUGUAGAAUACUAAAGCUUAAUAUAACAAAGAAACAUAUUGAGUCAGUCAUUCACAUAACAAUCAAGGUAUCAAAGCCACAUCAAUGGCAAUGGCUUUUCUACACCAUAACUCCUUCACCAUUUCCAUGGAGUUCCCUGCAAGUUUAAGUCCAUCCCCACCUGCAACUUUCAAUCUUUUUCUGUCCAUAAAAACACCCAGAUUCUUGUUUGUGAAGAAAGUCAACAAAAGUCAACAACUUUGCCAUUGCAAUUCAGUCUCAUCAUCUGGUCAACAACUUCAAGAAUCGGUGGUUGACGACGGUGGAGGAGGUGGUGGUGGUGGUGAUGGGUGGGAUGGUAAAUAUGAUGAUGGGAAGGGGCAGUUUAGUAAUUUGGUGAAGGAGCAUGGGUGGCAAGUGAGGAGGAUGGUUGAAGAAGAUAAUGAGAUGAGAAGUGUGGCUAAUAUUCAAGCAGAGGCUUUUUAUGAGCCACUCAUUAUCUUCAAUGAUGUCUUCUUCAACUUCUUUGAGGCUGAGGUCCUUGCAGGGCUCCUUUACAGACUAAGAAAUUCACCACCUGAUAGAUACGCAUGUUUGGUUGCUGAGGCGACCACAAGCGAUAGUGAAGUAAAACAACUUGUAGGGGUAGUGGAUGCUACCGUUUUCAGAGACGCAUCUGUUCUCGAGCAUUUAUCUGGAGCCGAUGAGUAUCUCUACGUGUCAGGAAUAGCGGUUUUACCUAAUUUCAGACGGAAAAAAGUUGCAAGUGUGCUGCUCAAGUCAUGUGAAAUGUUGGCUCGGUUUUGGGGUUAUAAGUAUUUGGUGUUGCGAGCUUAUGAAGACGAUUUGGGUGCUCGAACGUUGUAUGCAAAUGCAGGAUAUAAGAUUGUGUCGAGCGACCCUGUAUGGACGACGAGUUGGAUAGGAAGAAGGCGUCGAGUUCUUAUGAUCAAACAAUGUAAUUUAACAUGAAAUAUAUUACAUUUAAAUAAAAAUUUAUCAAACCUUAGAUGAUGUAAAUUAUGUGUGAUUCCUGUACUGUAUAAAUAGUUUAUAUACCUGAAUCUUCUAAUUUUAUUUGUAUAGAAGUUAUCAAACUGUUCACCACAA